UAAGAGUUCAAAUAUAUAUGGAGAAGAGCCGUAAGCAGAGAGGUUUCAUGAGAGGUGGUAAGCUUGUGAUGUCUCUCUUUAAAGCAGCCAAACCUGCUAUAUCCAUUGUUCAAUUUAGUAGCAAGGUCGUUAAGCCUACCCCAUCUUCUGCUUCACUGGGUUUCCGGGUUGAUCAAGAUCUUUCCAUUCCACCUGCACCGAAGCAGAAGGUUUCAUUCUCAAAACGAAACAUUGCUACUGUUCGUGAGUCCUUUAAUGGCCGCAUCAACAGUCUCAACGGUGGUGAAGGUGAUGAAAAUGUUGAUAGCAAGGCUGCAACCUACAUUUCUUGUGUUCAAGAACGUUUUAAGAAUGAACAAGAUAUGAUGGAUUGGAGGAUAUGA